GACCGAGCGACUUGUUUUUGUUUUCAUUCCGUGUUGAUCAGCCAUUUUGUUUUCAAAAGAAAAGUUGAGAAUACACGAGAGUUUGUGCCUUAAACGUUGAUAAAACGCUUAAAAGAGGAAUAUAACGUGUGCCGCACGAUUUGGAAGAUUUUAAAAUGGUUUCGAAUCGCUACAGAUACGCGUCGGAGAGCACCUCCGACGAUGAGACAAUUGGCGAUAUGGACUAUUCACCACACGCCCAGCAGCAACAACAACAAAAGCCAGGCAGAAGACCCACCCGCACCCCGAAAUGUUUCACAAAAAACGCCCUUAUGGCCCGCGAGAACCGCCUAAAAAAGAAAAUGUACAUCACCAACCUGGAACAACAAGUGUCCUCCUUACAAAAAGACAACAAAAAACUAUCCCACACGGUCAGUAAACAACAGGCGACCAUUGACGAACUCACCAACGAAGUGAAAUACCUAAAAAGCAUUUUGGCAAACAGCGAGGGCAUAGGCCGACUUAUAAGGGCGAUUAAUGCGAGUACGGGCAUGGCGGUCACCACGUCACUGGACAAAGACCUAAAAGUGACCAGCAGGAAAUCGCCGAUAGCCGAGAAACUUGUGCCUGAAAGUAAACCCUAUAAUAACAACAAUAAUAAUUUCGAUAUCUCGAGGCAUCCGUGGGAGGAAACGCGGGUGGGCAGCCCUUACGUCAAUUAUCCCACUCCGGAAUCGAACGCGUCCUGUUACGGCAGUCCCGAAUUCGAGGAGUUAAACAAUGAGGGUCUGCUACUGGACCUGGACAUCCCACUGGAGAUGGACAACGAGCAGCUGCUGGACAUGAUCGACGAAAAAGUGCUGGACGAGAGUAAUUUUAGUACGGAAGAGCCGGUUUUAGUUAAACAGGAACCCAAACAGGACGAGGACGUCGGCAUCUGUUUGCACGUCUCCCAAAAUAAAGUCUCCUUGGAGUUUUGUCCCAGUUGUAGUGCCACUGCACAGGACUCGUGGAAGACCACCUGAAUGAAGUUUGAUCUGUGAUGGGUUAAAGUCUGUAUCAACCAAAAGUGUAAAUUUCCUUACACAAUUUUUUUUUGUUUAUGGCCCUCAAUGGUCUCACCGCUACCUUCCAAUAUAAUUGUGGAAGUUAGGGGUGUCGACCCUAAAGCGGCCAGCUCCUGUGUGUGUCUUUUUUUUUAGGGGUUCACACCUUGGAGGUUUAAUAAAUAAGUUAAAUAAAGAUGGAGAAUAAAGAUGAACCGAGAUAUUCCGGAGGGUCUGAAUGUUGUUUAUGCCCUCCUCUAUACCUCCCUUCACCAUUCUUCCCGCAUCAGUAUUUUUGUACACCUGUAUUAAUUUAUAUGGAGCUGUUAUAUACAUACAUAGAUGGGUCCUCUACAUUCAUUAUAUGAACAGUAUAGUAUAUUUCAGCUGAUUGAUUGAUUCCAUGGAAUAAUAAAAUUGAACGGCGCGAAUGUUCAAUUGAGGCCCCAUUUUCUACUUUUUAUAUUAUUAAUAUUUAAUAUUCCUUGUGUAAGGAAAUAAAAUAACUAGUUUAUAAUGUUAUUUUUUUUAGAAUUUUUUUUUAUUUAUUAUAUUAAAUUUGUUAUCGUA